AUGUCCUUUGAUCCGACUAAUUUAGAGAUGAAUUUGGGUACGGAUCUAGGCAUACACCAACCACAGAACGAUAGGAUGUCCACUGAUCCACCAACAGAGCUUCCUUUAUCUGUACAACCGCAACCGCGGCAACCUAUAAAGCAAGAGAUGACAUUAAACCAAAAUAUGUCAGGGUCUACUCAGACAACAUUUAAUAAUAAGAGUAACAGCAAUAACACAUCGUCGAAACCGCCUUCGAAUGAGUUCGUACGUAAACUUUACAAUAUUUUAGAGAGUAAUUUGUAUCCAGAUAUUGUUCGUUGGACAGAUAAUGGUGAUUCAUUUGUUGUACUUGAUACAGGGAAAUUUACUACUCAGAUUUUACCGAACCAUUUUAAACAUUCAAAUUUUGCUAGUUUUGUGAGACAGCUAAAUAAGUAUGAUUUCCACAAGAUCAAGAAGAAACCUAACGAGGAACAACGAUCUCAAACUGGUGAGUUAAGUUGGGAAUUUAAACAUCCUUACUUCAGAAUACACGAUGUUGCAGGACUCGAUCGUAUUAAGAGGAAAUUAUCAAAUGCUAAGAAAGCGGCAGCAGCAGCAGCAGCAGGCACAACGGCUGUCUCUCCAGGUGGUACGCCAAUUCUUAAUGGCUCAGCUGCAUCACACAUAAAUAUUCAUCGUAAUGGUCGCCAUGGCCUUGGAUCUCACGCUCCAACCCGCCACGAGAUCCUAAGUGCUGGUUUGAACCAGUUAGGAAUCACAAAGGAACAAUUCUUAAGUCAUACUGUCUCAAAGGAAACCUAUACUACAUUAAGGAAACGUGUUGAAAACUUGGAAAAACAGCUAGAAAUAUCUAAGAAUGAAAUAUUUAUCGGUAAAGUUGAAAAUCAGAAGUUAAAUUCAAAAUAUAAUACCGUUGUAGAAAGUUUAAUUACUUUUAAGACAGUAAAUGAAAACUUAAUCAACAAUUUUAAUAUAUUGUGUUCGACACUGUCUCAAAAUGGUAUUAAAUUACCCAAUGGUCUGUAUGAACAAACAAAUAUUUCAUCCAACGAUAGAAAAUCUAUUUCAGAUAAUAAUAAUAAUAAUAAUAAUAAUAAUAAUAAUAAUAAUAACAAUAACAUAAUGAAAAAUGAAAUACAGUUGUUAGAGACACCUAAUGGCAUGACUAGCCCCGAUCAAAAUAGGAUGCUGUCAUCGAAUAUAUUGGCCAACACAAAUAACUUAUUGAACAAUCAAAUGGAUGGCCUUGUUGGUACACCGUUGAUGAAGGAAACAAGAAAGGAUAUACAAAAUACUGUGCUAAGGAAAGGGUUCCAUGUGCUGUUAGUUGAAGAUGAUACAAUCUCCAUUCAAUUAUGCUCUAAAUUUUUACGUAAAUAUGGCUGUACCGUACAAGUGGUGACCGACGGGCUUUCUGCGAUUUCAACUUUAGAGAAAACUAGAUUUGACCUUGUCUUAAUGGAUAUAGUUAUGCCGAACUUAGAUGGUGCCACAGCAACGUCAAUCAUCAGAAAUUUUGAUAACCAAACACCUAUCAUCGCUAUGACAGGGAAUAUUGACGACCAGGAUUUAAUAACAUAUUUACAACAUGGUAUGAAUGAUAUUCUAGCUAAACCGUUUACUAGGGAUGAUUUGCAUACAAUGCUAGUACGAUAUCUAAGAAAUCGAGAACCAUUGAGUGAGCAACAGCGGAUACAGUCUCAACCGUCACAACAACAACAACAACAACAACAACAACAACAACAACAACAACUAUCUCAAAAUGUGACUCCCGGUAGUAACAAUACACAGUCUCCCAUGAAUCAGCCACAAAUGAGUCAAAUGGCAAUGCAACCACCCCAGCAAAAUGUUCAACAAAGUGGAUCAGGUCAUCAUACACCCGGACUGGUCCAUGAGCCAAAUCCUGGCUUACCUACAUUGAACAUGGGCAGCGAUCUGAGUGUAUCCAUGGCGCAGCCAGCGCAUGUGUUAUUAUCUGAUCCAAAUUUCUUAGAAGAUGAGCAUACAGAUAAAAAGCCACGCUUAUAA